UGGAUGAAGAUGACAUCUUCGUCCUUUGAAGACUGAAAGAACCUGUAGCCCGUGGUGACUAUGACAUGGGUGCCCUCCGUAUAGCAAUGCUCAACAGCCUUUCAACCUACAAGCAGGGUGUUCUGAUAAAGAACAUCCAAGACUUUUCCAUGGCUACACUGAUGAAGAAAGGGGAGGUGAUGAGGAAAAUAGUGUGGGGAGUAGCAGCUGGUGCUGCGGCAAUCAGUGCUGUACCUCUUCCUGGCAUAGGUGUGGCUAUGGAUAUGGUGGCGGUGACUACAGCAUAUGUCAAAGUCCGCAAAGCUUUCAACAUCGACGAUGAAUCUCUUGAGCAGUUGGCAAGUAUUUGUAACAAAUCAGCUCUGGCCUUGAAGAGGUUUCGUAACCGGAAUUCAACACUAUGGAGUGCUAUAAAGAACAGCAGGGGUAAACUGGCACUACGAAAUCUUGCUGCUGUUGCAUCAUCUUCUGUCACAGUUGCUACCCUGGCCAUAACAAGUGCUACAGCAAAGAUAGCACUUCCAAUCAUCGGUGGAGUCAUAGCUGCUCCAGCCUCCUUUGCCCUGAUAGUGUUCCUUGUGAGAAAGUUCAUUGAUGAGAUGGAGAAGUGUGCAACCAAACUGUUCAAGUUUGCUUUCAGCAAUAAUAUGCUGUAAGAUAUCUGCCUUAUAUAGUUUUGCACCCUAAUAAGUAA